AUGUCUAAUGCUAAAAGUAAAAUUAGUAAGUCUACUGUAACAACUCCUUCACCUCCUAGAAAGCGUAAAGCUGACAGUGAAUCUCGAGGACCGGCACCUAAGAAGCUAUAUUCACCUUCACCCUUGACUACCCAUAAUUCUUUAAAUUGUGAACAACAACGAGUAUUAGAAGCUUGCCUUGGAGGGAAAAAUAUUUUUUUCACUGGAUCUGCUGGGACUGGUAAAAGCUAUUUAUUAAAACGAAUAGUGACUGCAUUGCCUCCAGAUGUUACGGUGCCUACUGCUUCUACAGGCGUGGCAGCCUGUCAUAUUGGUGGAACUACACUUCAUGCCUUUGCUGGCAUAGGAGAUGGUAGUGGAUCAGUUGAAAAUCUUUGUGAAAGAGCAUUGAAAAUGCCCCUAAUAACUCAAAAAUGGAAAAAAUGUAAACAUCUCAUUAUUGAUGAGAUUUCAAUGGUUGAUGGAGCAUAUUUUGAGAAACUAGAAGCAGUGGCAAGAUAUGUUAGAAAGAAUGACAAACCAUUUGGAGGAAUACAGCUUAUACUAUGUGGGGACUUUUUACAAUUGCCGCCAGUUGUGGAAAAGAGUAAAAAUGGAAAGAAGUUUUGCUUUCAAUCACCAUGUUGGGGUAAAUGUAUUGAACUUUGCUUUGAACUGAAGGAAGUACAUAGGCAGACUGACCAAGAGUUUAUAUCUAUAUUAAAUAGUAUCAGAAUAGGCCGUGUGACAAAAGAGAUUAGUGAUCGCUUGUUAGGAACUGCUAGACAAAAGAUUGAAAGUGAUGGCAUAUUAGCUACUAGGUUAUGUUCACACACAAAUGACUCAAAAAUGAUAAACAAUUCAAAGUUAAGAGAUUUAGAAGGAGAGGAGAAAGUGUUUAUGUCACAAGAUAGUGAUAAUGCAACUAAUAUAUUAGAUAAUCAGACUGUUGCUCCGUCCAAAUUAAUACUUAAAGUAGGUGCCCAAGUAAUGCUACUUAAAAAUAUCAAUGUCAAUGCAGGGUUAGUGAAUGGGGCAAGAGGUGUUAUCGUCAGGUUUGAUGAUGGAUUUCCUGUUGUGAGAUUUAAAAAUAAAAAAGAAUAUACUGCAAGAGCAGAGCGCUGGUAUGUCAAAAAUUCGAGUGGAUCAUUGCUAUGCCGUAGACAGGUCCCACUGAACCUUGCUUGGGCAUUUUCCAUACACAAAUCACAAGGUUUAACUUUAGAUUGCGUAGAAAUGUCUUUAUCUAAAAUAUUUGAAGCUGGUCAAGCUUAUGUAGCUUUAAGCAGAGCACAAAGCCUUGAUACAUUAAGAGUUUUAGACUUUGAUUCACGACAUGUUUGGGCUGAUCCAAAUGUCUUAGAGUUUUAUCAGAGAUUCAGGCGGCGUUUGCAGCAAAUGGAAUUAAUACCAUUAGGCAGACCAUUAGCCGUGUAG